AUGGGGUCUGUUUCCAACCAGCAGUUUGCAGGUGCGAAGCCGGGCGAGGAGCCGGCCGGAGACUCGCCCAAGGCCGAGAACGAGUCCCAGCCCCUGCACGGCUCCGGCAUCUGUAAGUGGUUCAACGUUCGCAUGGGCUUCGGCUUCCUCUCCAUGACCGCCAAGGGCGGCGCGACCCUGGACUCCCCCGUCGAUGUCUUCGUGCACCAGAGCAAGCUCCACAUGGAGGGUUUCCGCAGCCUGAAGGAGGGCGAAGCUGUCGAGUUCACCUUCAAGAAAUCAUCCAAAGGUCUGGAGUCCAUCCGGGUGACCGGCCCUGGGGGCGUCUUCUGCAUCGGCAGCGAGAGGAGGCCCAAAGGGAAGAGCCUCCAGAAGCGCAGGUCAAAAGGAGACCGGUGCUACAACUGCGGCGGGCUGGACCACCACGCCAAGGAAUGCAAGCUGCCGCCGCAGCCCAAGAAGUGCCACUUCUGCCAGAGCAUCAGCCACAUGGUCGCCAACUGCCCCGCGAAAGCACAGCAGUCCCCCAGCUCGCAGGGAAAGCCCGUCUACUUCCGAGAGGAGGAGGACAUGCACAGCUCGGCCCUCCUCCCCGAGACCCGGGAAUGA